UUGACGGCAAAUGUUUACCCAGAUGUUUGAUGGUAAGGGAAAGUGAUCGCAGCAAGGAGAGACUAUUCCAAGCUGUUCUGAAGCCCGGAAGGAGAAAGAAAAUGUUUGCAAUCAGUAAAAUUAAAUUGGCACGGUUUGCCUGUCAUCUAUUUCCAUUUUUGCUGCUUGGAUUAACACAAGAUGUGAAAGCAGAUUUCAUGGACAAACUGGCAAAGAGGAAAGUCUGUGCUGACAAGGAUUGUAGUUAUGUGAUCUCAACUGGCCGUGUAGUUGAUGACUACAUUGCACCCGACUGCAGGUUUCUCGACCUGAAGGAGGGACAGCUGAUCUACGUCUAUUCCAAACUGGUUCGGGAACGUAAAGGAGGCGAAUUCUGGUCAGGAAGUAUUUACAGUGAGGAGCCUGUGGAUGAGAUGGGUGUUGUUGGUUAUUUCCCCAGCACUCUAAUCGAUGAGCAGUAUGUGUUCCAGAACACAACAGUGCGACUUCCCACCACCGCUAUUGACUUCUACUGUGACUGAUGUUAACGACCAGCUCAAUAAACAGUGUCAUCAAAGAAAAAUGUGGAGCUAAUUACGACGUCAAUGAGAAGGUCAUUUGUGUACCCUGUUGCCGGGAGCUUUAAUGGAAGUUCUGUCCCAUUCCAUGUGCUGCAAGUGGAAAUCUGCUCUAAGUCACCCGUUUUGUACCUUUCUGUUGUUAGAUUUGUUUGGAAAGUCCAUUUAUUUUUCAUUGGUGGGAGAUAGCUGGCUAUAAAACUUUAAUUGCUCUAUUUAAUAUGAAUUCUACUGUUUAGGAGCAACUGAUUGAUUAAUUCUCCAAGGACACCCACCACAGAAUUGCUGUGUCUCUAAAAGAGUAAAAAAUGAGGUCUGCAGAUGCUGGAGAUCACAGCUGCAAAU